AUGGGGAAGAUCGCUCUUGCUCUUUUCUUUGUUGCUACUGUUCAUACCACCGUGCCCUUCGCACAGACCGUGGCUGAUGACCCGAAAAUGAUCGAGUCAUGGUACGCUAAGCUCCACCAAGUGAAGCCUAAGCUGACGCGCCUUCGUCUCUAUUCCCACGACACCCUCUUUGGCCUCGUGGUCGUCUUCGACAACCCGCUAACAGAAGAGCCCCAACCGUCUUCAAGGCCCGUGGGCCAAGCCCAGGGGUUCUACGCAUCUGCUAGGCUGGAAUCUCUGGGCCUGGUCAUGAACAUGAACUUCGUCUUCACCAAUAAGAUAUACAAUGGGAGCACUCUAAGCAUCUUAGGCAGAAACACCGCCAUGGAAGCUUACCGUGAGAUGCCGAUUGUUGGCGGGUCGGGCAUUUUCUGGCUCACCCAUGGAGUCGCAAUGGCAACGACCCAUUCAUUCAAUGCCACCACCAGCGACGUGGUCGUGGAGUAUAAUAUAAUAGCUAUGCACUAUUGA